AAUGGAAUCUUUUAUCCUUUAUAUCCCUCCUUAGUCAAAUAACUUUCAAUUCAUUCGAGAUAAUAAUGACCCCGAGAUCCUAGUUCUGUUGGGAAACGUGUUCUGUCAAAACCGGCUACACUAACAGUAGUGCUUAUACUAGGCGCCCACAUAUAACGUCAACAACAUCAAAAUACCCACGCCGUGACAAUAGAUAUUUUUUUAAUCUAUGAAACAAAGCUUGUAAUUCUAGUCUUUAUGACUCGAGGUGAUUCAAAGUGAGUCAAAGUGAGGCUGUGCUUACAUGGGGCCAUUCAUAGAUACAAGGCACCCAGUCAGCUUGCAUUUCACCAGAUUAAUUAGGCAGCUAUUUUCGAAUACUUAAAGGUCAGAUGUUAUCGUAGAAGGAAAGCUACAUUUCUCAAUCGAAUCAGAGAAUCACGGACAAUAUGGGGUCCAUCCAGGAUGAAAGACGACACUACAAACUGUCAGACAUUGACAAGAUGGCGCCGCCAAUGAUGGUCAAGGCCCUCAUCGCAUACGAACUCCUCCCCGACACGGAUCUGGACAAGUUGACAGCCUCACUCAAGGAAGGCGUACGGAAUGCCAUCACUUAUUUCCCUUUUAUGGCUGGAAACCUUGAGAUCGACGAUACUGAUAAGCCUUAUAUUGUGACAUUACCAGGGCAGCGACUGGAACCUACCGUCCACUAUUUUUCCAGCACUGAACAUAAAUCUUUUGCCACGCUGUCCAAAGAGUCCUUUCAUCCGGACGAUCUGGAUCCCACAAAGUUGCUGCCUGAAAAUCCGCCUGAUCAGCAACCGUUAUGCGCACUUCAGUUGAACAUCAUCGACGGUGGAAUGAUAUUGGCGUUUGCUUUUCAUCAUAAGGUUGGGGACUGGUCGUCUCUAGAUGCGUUUCUGUCUCUUGUGUGUCGCGGGACCAAGGCACAUCAUCACAGCCUGGACAUGCCCGUGUACCAACCAGACAUGAAUAAAGAUGCGUUUACCGGAGACGAUGAUCCAGGUGUUUCUCAACAGGACCUGGUGAAAGAAUUUUCUCGGUUCUACGUGACCGACCUACAGUCUCUCCUGACCGCUUACGCUGCCAAUGCAGCGGUGCCCUUCGAAAUGGGGAUUUACCAAAUCACCGAAUCGGCAAUUCAGCAGAUCAAAGAGCAGUGCAAGGACAUACUGGACGGUGUUGACUUUGUCAGCUCGUACGACUGCAUCUCUGCCUUGGUUUGGACGUCAGUCACUCGCGCAAGACUGGCAUGUCACCCAGAGAAGAGCUCAAAGCAGUCUAUCCUUCUCCAUCCUGUGGAUCUCCGUUCUCGAGAUCCACACAACGUCACCUCACAAGAGUAUUUUGGAAAUGGGGUGCAGCCAGCACAAGCAGGUCCAAUUGACAUUCAGUUCUUGGUGGCAGACAAAGGGGUUGCCACUGCAGCCUCUCGCAUCCGCAAGUCUAUCAACGAAAUGAUCUUGGAUCCGAAGAGCAUGAAGACUUUGGCUACGCUUGUACGGUCUCUUUCUCUGACACAGAGGUUGGGAUAUCACUUCGACUUUAACGACAUGGACAUUUUCAUGAAUAGUUGGUAUUCAGGCAGGGCGGAGAAUUAUGAUAUUGGCACGGGCUCUCCUUGUGCUUUUCGGACUCAUCGGCUUAUCACUGGUGCUUGCUGCUUGAUCCUUCCCAACUUUAGUCGUUCGUCGACGCGAGUAUACGAGUUGUUUAUUCAGCUUCAAAAAGACGAAUUCCAGCUCUUGCAGCGAGACUCGGAGUUCUCGAGAUAUUUCAAGCGUAUUGUAUGAACUGUUCAAGGAUAUAUAUCUGCCAAUUUGCAUUGCACAUCUUGUCAUAUCUGUCACAAUAAUAGAAACUAGAGACCAUAUACUGGAGGAUAUAACAAAAGAAAUAAACCAUUCCUUCCCAUGAGUCCUGAUGCCAUCGUGGCACUAUUUAUAAACAGGUCCUCUUAUCACGCGGAGAAGAU